AUGGAAAGAGGCCAUUAUUACAGCAAUUCGCCAUUAUUACAGCAAUUCCAAAGAAAUCUGAUUCAAGGUGCGAGCACGGUGACUAGUCUAGCCGACAGCUUGUUUGACUGGACAGUUGCUCUAAAUAAUAAUCAAGCUGCGGACAACAUUUAUGUCGAUCUUUCAAAAGCUUUUGGUGUAGUAUGCCGAAAACUCGUCAUGAAACUAAGAAGCCUUGGAAUAUCUGACAAUCUUCUCGCUUGGCUUGAAUCUUACUUGGAGACAGAAGUGUGA